UCGGCGGGCUCCUGGCUCCGAGCCCGGCGCUACGCGCGGCCGGGGAAGCAGAGGCCCGAGGCCGGCUGUGCCCGUGUCCCCGGGGCUCUCACGGACCUCAGUGCUUACGUCCGCGUAGGCUUGACCGCUGGGCUCGCGGUUUGCCUUAGUUUUAACCCAAUAAGUCUUUUAGGCGUGGAGCGGGCUCCUCGGUGACUUCUGUGGAACUUGAUAGAACUGGAAAACCCUGUCGGAAAAUCCUCACAGCUCUGAUGAAUCGGUCCUCACUCUUGAAAAAGAAACCAGAAAUAAGGAUGUUGGUUGUGUUUACCACAGCUGACGAUUAAUAACGCCCUUGUCCCAGUUUAUGUACUCAGUUUAAACAUAAAUUAACGGAACGCAUUUCUUCUCCGCAACACGAGUUCGAGGGACUUCGCUGAUGGAGCCGUUUGAGUCUCCAGACGCCGUGGCCUCUCAUAAGGGUUUGUGAAGAAACAAAUCCGGGACAACUAACAGAAAUCGCAGUUAAUUUUAUUCUUUACUUCUGAACUUUGCCUUGUCAUGUAGCAGGGUUCCCACGACCUGUUUUGUAGGGAAGAAACUCCUUAAACACGAUUAUUUAUCCUACGGCCUGGUAUACCGGGUCCCUAAGUUUGAAAUCACAAAGCUUUCCUGCAACGCGCUAAGUAAAGCAACUGUCAGUUUGCAAUCAAAUAUUCUGAAAUUUUAACUUAAUGUGACCCGCCUGAAAGUCUGACUCAAGUGACAAAGCUCCUGUUAGCCAUUUUAACAGUGCAGGUUAUCUACUUGACUUUUACAGUUUUUUCCUUUUCUGCUCAAUUUGUUGGGCUGGUGGAGCGCAAACACCGUCCCUUAAAUAUAAAGCUAGAUGCACAGUGAUCGCGGUUCAGCAUGAAGAUUGUGUAAGUUUGCCUUAGUAAUUCAUAUUCUUUAUGGUUCAGCCACUUGAAAGCUGAUACAUCACGAAACCCCAAAAUUUUCACACAGCUUAAAAUUCAGUUGCUUAUGGUUAAUGGUUUACUGGCUUUUUGAACUAUGAUUUUGGAUACCCACUAACCCAUUACCGUCGAGUUUUGGAUAGUGAACCUAAUGUAUUUGCUGAUGUUUUGUACUGUUAAAUCGGGUACAUACAACAUUUCUAAAUGGAACGAAUAGGUACUAAUUUGGUCUUGGUUUAUUUCAAGCAGUUAUUUUUUUGUCUUUGAGUACUGCUUUUUUCUUCUAGCCUUGAUCAUCUUUCUGGAUGACAAUUCUCUUUCCCUUAUGAGGUAGCCUUUAAAUCUUUGAACUUAAAGUAACAUUAAAAAAUUUUUUUUCCAAAGGGAAGCAAAUUGCAAUCAAAAUCUUUUCGCCAGUAAAUGCUAAAUAUUAAUAAAAACUGACGUUUAAGGAAUUACUUUUUGACCGAAACACAGCUUUAAAAAGAUAUUUAAAUGGUUUUGAAUCUUGAUCAGUAAGCACUUAAAGCAUUAUCAUAGUAAGUGUUGGUAAUCACACAAACACUUCUGGUGAAUCUGUAAAUGGGUCAUUGUAAGUGAAUGUUCUCGCAGUGGCUUGCUGGUGGCAUGGGAUCAUCUUGCUGAGUGUGAAGUUGUAAUUACAUUGAUGUUUUGUGUACAUAUUUUUGUAAGAGAAUGUGAAUAAAUAAGUACAAACACAGAGAAGCUUUUUAGUCUUUUUUGUUUUUGCACCGUUCCUGAAAAUUAUUGGAAUUUGCCAAAGUACAGACUUCACAGGUAAUAGACCGUUUAACAAAGUACGGAGUCCAUGGGUAAUAGACCAUACUCUAGCUUCCCACUGAGGUGAGCUGUUGCAUGAUUAAAAUGUGAAAUCUUGUCUGUUAUGAUCAUUCAUGAAACGUAGGGAAGAAUUUUAGAUUAUUCAUAUACAAAAAGAAUGCUGACCAAGUCUUCAUAUGUAUAGACAUAUAUUUCUGAUUUUGACUGUUACCCCAGUUUUAUAUUCUUUUUUUUUCUUUUUAUGAGUACAUAUUGGGCUGGAAAAUUAAGCCAGAUUUAUUAUUGAAGUGAGUAAUCUAUUGGAAGGCUCUCAUAUGUCCUGCUCCAUUUACAUAGAAGAAAAAUACGUAGACACCUUCAAAUAAAACUGAACAAUACAAACACUUAACAGCUAAACCAUUGAUAUUUUGAUGCAGUCAACAUUGGUUGCUAAGGAAAUAAUCCUGAAAUGUAUUUGAGUUUUAAUGAGUAUUUCUACUUUAUUGGACUGAUGAAUUCCAUGUAUAGAAGUCAGUUUUGAAAAGCCUUAUUAUCAUACAUUGAACGUGGUUUUGAUAUUAUCAGUAAAGGAAGUUAAAAACAUAGAAUUCAGGAAGAAUGUACCUCGUCUGUUAUACGUAGGUAGAAUAAACAUUUUUAAUCAGUAAGUUAAUAAUUUACUUUUAAAAAUAGGAAAGCCAUUUGAAAUACCUUUUACCUUGGGAGUUACACAAUGUAAUACCCUCAGAGUGGGCUGUUCUUAAAAGUAAAUGCCUCUACCCACAGGUUUUCCCUUUUCUGAUGCUCUAGGAUACCCAGAAGAGUACAGAAGGGUUGCUAUGAGUUGGAAUCCACUCAACAGCAACAGGUUUUUUAAGAGAGAUAAUGAAGAGGAAAACUUCAGGCUAACAUUAGUGGGAAUUUAUCUUGACAUCGUUCAUGCAGACAGACACCUUAAGGCUUGUUGGUAUAAUGCUGUUACAGCAAAGUUUAACAACUAAAAUGAGAUCUGUUUUGCACAUUUCAUGAGUGGCCUCAGGAGUGUUAGAGGGAACUACUGGUAAAAUGUAUGUGAAACAGAUUGCUAUAAAUAGAGGAAAAAGUAUAGACUAGGAAGCUAAAUGGGGAUUUUAAAGACUUGCUUAAACAACCCUCUCAUUCACUCUCAGAAAACCUUAGUAGCAACUCUUUCUCAUGUAUCAGGCUCUUUUGAAGCACAAGCUAUUUGUGUUUGGCUGCUAACCCAAAGGCUAGUGGAAUAUCAAACCUACCCAGUGGCUCUGCGGAAGAAAGGCCUGGCAAACUGCUUCUGUAAAGAUUAUGGCCAAGAAGACCCUGUGGAGCAGUUCUACUCCACCACACGUGGAGUCACCAUGAGUCCGGGCCGACCUGAGUGCAGCUAACGGUAGCAGCAAGCAAUUUUCCCACAGUGGGAAGCAUCUUCACGCGUGCCUUCUAAACAGCAGUACAACCAGGCCAGUUAAAUGGCCAGAUCACAACCGCUAACCUUUUAGUGGGGCUUAUGGAAUUUUGAUAUUUUGUGAAUUUCACGAAAUAAACUCAGUUUCUUUAGAGUUAUUUUAGUGAAGCGUUUUUUUUUUAAUAGUAGACUUGAGUUAAAAUGUCAUCUACUUUUGUUCAUAAUCUUAAAGAGCCUCAAUAUUUUUCAUUGAUAGCACAAAAAUAAUUUUUUUGCUUAGAAGUGUUUUUAACUGGAACUUACAUCCCAGCCCUUGAUUAUGGUGAAAACUUCCAGCUCUGGAAUUGGGACAACCGUGUCACACGUAACGACCCAUUUUACUCUGUGUGGACACUUAGAAUGGUUUUACUCCUCCUAAAAUUGACGAGAGACAAUUUUUUUUUUAAAUAGAAAAAGAAAACUAAAAUAUGUGUGCAUAUAUAUCAUUAAAGCAAAAAUAUAUAUCAUUAAAGCAAAAAUAGAAAUAAUUAAAUUUAACUUAAUUAGACACGUUUCUACAUUUAGAUACCAGUUUUGUUCAAAUACACAAGAAGGAACCAAUCUAGGUAAGUAAAAUUGUUGAAAUUUGUUUCUCUAAAUUUUAGCAAAUUCUAGUGUCUUAUCUGCCCUUUCCCAGAUUUAGUAAUUAGUAAUCAAAUGCAGUUGUACUUAACGUGUAGCUAAGUGUUUUGAAAUGUUUUUAAACCCUGGUGGCAUAGGGGUUAAGAGCUACAGAUGCUAACCAUAAAGGUCGGCAAUUCAAAUCCACCAGGCGUUCCUUGGAAGCUCUGAUGGGGCAGUUAAGUUCUUCCCUGUCCUGUAGGGUCACUAUGAGUUGGAAUUGACUCAGCGGCAACAGGUUUGGUUUCUUGGUUGUAAUGAAGCAUGCCAUUGGAAAGAAAAACCCUACAAUGACUCCUUUAGUCAAGAAAGAUAAAUAAAGAAGAAAACGGGGAAGGAGGAAAGCAUUGAUUACAAAUGUCUUAAUAAUGAGCAAAUAUGGCAGGAAAAAGUAUAUUAAGACACAUCUAAGACAAAUGGCCAUGGAAACAGUUGAAUCCCAGCAGGAUGGAAGUGUAACAGAUUCUGUGGCAGAGAGCGAGUCUGCUCACUUGCAGACUCAGGCUGGUCAAAAUUCAAUCCCUGCUUUAGCUCAGGUUUCUGUAGCUGGAUCAGGCACCGGAAGAGGCUCCCCAGCUGUAACUCUAGUGCAGUUACCUUCAGGCCAGACUGUACACGUCCAGGGAGUAAUUCAGACACCACAGCCAUCGGUUAUUCAGUCAUCACAAAUACAGACGGUUCAGGUAGCAACAAUUGCAGAGACAGAUGAGUCUGCAGAAUCAGAAGGUAUAAUUGAUUCUCAUAAACAUAGAGAAAUCCUUUCACGAAGACCCUCUUAUAGAAAAAUACUGAAUGAACUUUCCUCUGAUGUGUCUGGUGUUCCCAAGAUUGAAGAAGAAAAAUCAGAGGAAGAAGGAACGCCACCUAACAUUGCUCCCAUGGCAGUACCGACUAGCAUAUAUCAGACUAGCACUGGGCAAUACAUUGCUAUAGCGCAAGGUGGAACAAUCCAGAUUUCUAACCCAGGACCUGAUGGUGUUCAGGGACUCCAGGCAUUAACAAUGACAAAUUCAGGAGCUCCUCCACCAGGUGCUACAAUUGUACAGUACGCAGCACAGUCACCCGAUGGCACACAGCAGUUCUUUGUCCCAGGCAGCCAGGUUGUUGUUCAAGAUGAGGAAACUGAACUUGCCCCAAGUCACAUGGCUGCCGCCACUGGUGACAUGCCAACUUACCAGAUCCGCGCUCCUACCACCGCUUUGCCACAAGGAGUAGUGAUGGCGGCCUCACCAGGAAGUUUGCACAAUCCCCAGCAGCUGGCAGAAGAGGCGACGCGCAAACGAGAGCUGAGGCUGAUGAAAAACCGGGAAGCUGCGAAAGAAUGUCGACGUAGAAAGAAAGAAUAUGUAAAAUGUCUGGAGAGUCGAGUUGCAGUGCUGGAAGUUCAGAACAAGAAGCUUAUAGAGGAACUUGAAACCUUGAAAGACAUUUGCUCUCCCAAAACAGAUUAGUAGAAUUAUUUAACUAUGAACUGAUUACAAAUGUACAGUUGCUUUUGAAGGCAAUACAAUAUAUAGCCGACAAGAAUGAUGGCUUUUUUCAUUUGUAUCAUUCAUCUUAUUCUCUAAUCUCUAACAUUCCUAAAAUUCCUAGUUCACUCUUAGCUGUAACUUCAAUUUUUUUAAAAGAGACAAACUGUAAAAAAAAAAAAAAAAAUUUAUGUAACAAAUUCUGAAAACACACUAUUUGUAAGACUUGUUCCAGUGCCACGUAUUUGCAGUUCCCAAUCUCUGUGUCAUGAAUAGUGAGUGUCCUAUGCAAUAAAAUUUUUUGCAGGACUUUAAAAAUCGUUUUAGGGAAGGAUGAUCAAAGAUAAUGCAUCCAGCAGUACAAUAAAAGUAAAUCACAAAAAAAAAAAAAAACCAAA